GUCUAAUAACACGUAACAGAUGAUCAAGAUACGUUUAAAAGCGACUGCUAAGCCAUCUGUCCCCAAACUGAAUAAGUUCAUUUUACAAUUACUAUAAUGGUCAAAAGUCAAUGCUCCGACCUAUCAUCAGUAUCAGGGUCAGGGGUAAUCAGUGACGGCGACGACUGAUUGGUGUGAGACGGAAAUAGAAGCAGGUUCGCUGUUAAUAAGAGUGACUCGUCCUCUUAUUUUAAUUUGAUCUCAUAUACAUCACCUACAGCAAAAUGCAAAAGUAUGAGAAACUGGAGAAAAUAGGAGAAGGUACCUAUGGCACAGUAUUCAAAGCCAAGAACAGAGACACACUGGAGAUUGUUGCUCUGAAGCGAGUACGGCUUGAUGAUGAUGAUGAGGGUGUUCCCAGCUCGGCUCUGAGAGAAAUUUGUUUGCUGAAGGAACUGAAGCACAAGAAUGUUGUCAGGCUUCACGAUGUUGUUCACAGUGAAAGAAAACUGACCUUAGUGUUUGAAUAUUGUGACCAGGAUUUGAAGAAGUACUUUGAUGCUUGUAAUGGAGAGAUUGAUCCUGAUACUGUUAAGUCUUUCAUGUGUCAGUUGCUCAGAGGGAUUGCUUUCUGCCAUAGCAAUAAUGUCCUCCACCGGGAUCUGAAGCCACAAAAUCUUCUAAUAAAUAAAAAUGGAGAGUUAAAGCUGGCUGACUUUGGACUCGCAAGAGCAUUUGGUUUUCCAGUGAGAUUUUAUUCAGCUGAGGUUGUCACCUUGUGGUACCGCCCUCCUGAUGUGCUGUUUGGGGCAAAGAUGUACUCUACAUCGAUAGACAUGUGGUCAGCAGGCUGCAUAUUUGCUGAAUUGGCAAAUGCAGGUAGACCCCUCUUUCCUGGCAAUGAUGAUGAUGAUCAACUGAAACGGAUAUUUAAACUUUUGGGCACACCAACAGAGGAUACGUGGCCAGGACUGUCUCAGCUUCCAAACUACAGGCCAUUUCCAGUGUACCAUGUCAGCACAACCUGGCAGCAGGUGGCACCAAAACUGAACUCCAAGGGCAGGGACCUUUUGCAGAAACUGCUGGUGUGUUACCCACCUGACCGACUCUCUGCAGAAGAUAGCCUGCAGCACGCAUACUUCUCUGAUGUAAAUCCUAGUCUUAAGUAAUUCAAUCAUUUCAUUAUGUUGUGUUGAAGAUUAUAUCAACUUCACCAUUUACUUUUGUACAGUGCACAUCGUAUGGCAUUUUGCUGAAGUUGAUGAAAUUUUAAAUCUAUUCCAUUUUCAUGCAUUCUGUAAGUUAAUUUUUGUGAUGUGUAAUAUUUUUUUUAUUUUUUUUGUGGGGGUGGGGAGGGUGUUGUUUUAAUUUUUUAUUUAUUUUUUUUUUAUUUGAGGGGGGGGGGGGAGAGGGAGUUACGUGAGAGGUGUUAUAUGUUUAAUUUAUUAACACUAUUCACCCUGCGUUGCCGUAUCAGUGCACUUGUGUCCACCUGGCUUGCCGCGAGCCGUGGGAAGAAAUUGGUCUGAACUCGACACACUAACCUUAGACACACAUUGUGCCCAAACUAUUUAGGGUACCAAUAUGAAAGUUCGCUUAAAUUUUACAUAACUCACUCACCGCCACUACCACACCCCUGUCGGUUGCUUAUUUUCCUCUUUAUUUCUACUAAUUGCUGAUACAUAUGCGGCCGCGGCAUAGCCCAAUUACUAGAGUAACAUCCCUUUGACCACUCAGAGCAGUUUCACUUUAUUACAAUGAUUUCACUUGAAAUUCUGCCAAUUUUUGGAACAGGAGUUCCCUUUGUCCUAUUUCUGGGUUUUGUUUUGAACGUAGGACGGCCGAAGUUGGCAAAAUGUUCAUGCCGAUAUGAAUUGAAAACGACUCGUAAUUUUAGAGAUUCUGAAUCCAUUAUCUUUCAAUGAACUCAGAUUCAGAUAAUGAAGCGCAAAAUAAUGGUAGUGAUGGUAGUUUGAGAUGAGAGAAAGAGGUACAUCACCUGUCGGCAGCAAUAGGAGCUAGUACUAAUACUAGAUCUAGGACUAGUACUGAGUUUAGUACGACGACUAAUGAUUCAAGCGGUGACGCUUGAAAUAGUGCUGCCUAAGUCAUCAUAAACUUAUCAAUUUAGUUUUUGUUUUUAUUACAUAUUUUUGAGUGUAUUUUAGGACAGAAACUUCAACUCUCACAAAAACAGGAAAAAUAUUGUACUGGCUAGUUUGGCUAAAAAAAAAAAGUUUUAGUCCCCAAAAUUUGUCGUUUUUUGAAAAGCUAUAAACCAUGGACAAAAUAAUAUAGAGUCAAUAUUCUUUCUGCUCUGUAAAGCUCAAUAUCUCCUACUGAAACUGACCAAUUUUCAUAAAUCUAAAUAGGUACAGAGUAACUGAAUUUUGAAAAAGGUAAAAAAAAGCUGGUAGGCGGCGGCUUUUUCUGAGCUGAGGCGCCGGCAGCGAGUGAGUUAAAAUGUUCUUUUAAUAUUAUUA